UCGCCGUCACCGCCGGCUCGCUGUUCCUUGUCGAGCUGGAGAACGCGCUGGCGGCGCAGUUCAAGCUGCGCGGUGGCCGCGGCUUCCUGCCGGCGUACGUGCCCGUCUUCCUGCACGGCUCUACGGUCGUCGGCGAGGGCGAGGCGAAGAUCGCGCGGGCGCUCGCGCACAUCGCUACCGCGUCGUUCCCGGCGUGCGCGCGUUACGACCCGAACAGCACGGUGGCGGUGAUCGGCAACGACAUCGACCUCACGCUGACGUGCAUGGGCGCGACGCAGUACCACAACCUCUUUGUGCUGGGGCCGUCGUCGAUGCAGCUCAUCAGCGUGGCGGAGAUCCUCUACCGCUGGCUGUGCAGCGGCAGCGCUGCUGGCGGCUUCCACCUCACCGCGCAGGAGCUCGCGUCCGUGCGCGUCGACUUCGUGUUUCUCUUCCUGCUGAACGGUGGCGACCAC